AUGGCGCCCUCAAUCAACGACGUUCCCACUGGCCCUACAGUCCUUCCAUCGGCUUGCAAGGUCGGCAUCAAUGGCUUUGGUCGUAUCGGCCGUAAUGUCCUCCGUGCAGCUCUUGUCCGAUCCGAUAUUGACGUCGUCGCUAUCAACCACACUUGCGUCACCGUCGAAGACUUGAUCUACCUCAUCCGCUAUGACUCUUCAAUGGGUGAUCUGGAUGAGCGUACCGAUAUCCAGGCUCACUCGGACAACCUCAUCACCAUUGACGGCAAGCGAAUCGCACUUACCUCCGAACGUGACUUGAAGCAACUCAACUGGGCUACAUUGGGCGUCGACUAUGUCCUCGAGUGCACUGGCAAAUUCACAAAGCGAGACCUGGCCAUGGACCACAUCAAUUAUGGUCAGGCAAAGCGUGUCCUCAUCUCCGCCCCUAGCUCGGAUUCUCCUACUUUCGUCUACGGUGUGAACUCGGACUCUUAUACGGCCACCGAAGACUGCCGUAUCGUGUCGAACGCCAGCUGCACCACCAACUGUGUCACUCCCGUCUUGAAGGUUCUUGACGAGACUUUUGGAGUCACUCAGGGAUUCCUCACCACUAUCCAUGCUGCCACCCGAUCCCAGCAGGUUCUGGAUGGGUACAGCAAGAAGAACCGUCGUCUGGGACGAGGCGUCUUCAACAACAUCAUCCCCACAACCACUGGCGCCGCCAAAGCCGUUGCCUCUGUCCUGCCAGCCCUCAAGGGUAAGGUCACCGGCGUAUCCAUCCGUGUUCCUACUCCCAACGUAUCCAUGAUCGACCUCACAAUCAGCACAACCAAGCCCACCUCCCUCCAAGAAAUCAUCAGCGCAUUCCGCCUCGCCUCAAAGACGACCAUGGCCGGCGUCCUUCGUGUCACCGACGAAGAACUCGUCAGCCAGGACUACAACGGAUCACCAUACAGCGCCAUUAUCGAUGUGCCCGCCUGCUCGGAACUGAACCCCCAGUUCUUCAAGAUUAUGGCCUGGUACGAUAACGAGUGGGGAUACUCAAACCGCUUGUUGGAUUUGACGACUCAUGUCCAUGCCCUGGAGGCGUAG